AAUUAGUAUGAUCUGAUACAAAUGUAAUUUAUUCACUACAAGUUCCUCCCUAAAUUUUAUCUGACACAGAGAAUAUAUUUUGAAAAUUCAGAGCGGAAGUUCUGUUUGUAUUGGUCCUUUCUUGACACCGACCGGGGAUGAACCGUGUCCCUCCUUAUCGCUAAAUAAAGAUGGAAUCGCUAGAAAGCCCGUCCGGUCAGGUAGCCGGUGCCGAGCAGGAUGCUCCACCGACCUUCGUGGAUGUGGACACCGCGGUGCUGCUGCUGGGAGCGGGAGUCACCGCCAUCACACACCCGCUGCUCUACGUGAAGCUGCUAAUACAGGUGGGGCAUGAACCUCUUCCCCCAACUGUGGGCACGACCAUGUUUGGACGCAGAGUCUUGUACCUGCCUGGCUUCUUCUCCUAUGCACAGCACAUAGUGAAAGUGGAUGGAAAGAGAGGGCUCUUCAGAGGCCUUUCACCGCGCAUCGUGUCCAGUGCUAUCUCCACUGUGGUCAGGAGCAAAGUCAAACAGCAGGUGGAGCUCCUCUCCAAGAGAGAGGACCUGCAGACUUCACUCAGGAAAGUGGUCAGAGAGACCUCACAUGAGAUGAUCAUCCAGUGCCUGUCCAGAGUAGCCACUCAUCCUUUUCAUGUUAUGUCAGUGCGCUGUAUGGCCCAGUUUGUUGGCAGGGAGCUCAAAUAUGGGGGGAUGUUCAGUUGCAUCAUCAAGAUUUUUAAGGAGGAAGGACUUGCUGGAUUCUAUGUUGGUCUCGUACCCCAUGUGCUGGGAGAGGUCCUCUUCCUGUGGUGCUGUAACCUCCUGGCUCACUUUAUUAACACCUACGCUGUAGAUGAGAGUUUCAGUCAGGCGUCAGCAGUGAGAAGCUACACUAAGUUUGUGAUGGGCAUUGCAGUGAGUGUUCUGACGUAUCCGUGCAUGCUGGUGGCUGAUCUCAUGGCAGUCAACAACUGUGGUUUGGCUGCUGGUCUUCCUCCUCACUCUCCCAUCUUCAGGUCCUGGCUGCACUGCUGGAAUCACCUGAGCCACAAAGGUCACCUCUUCAGAGGAUCAAGCUUCUUUUUCCGCCGGGUGCCUGUGACCUCCACGCCCUCCAUCGAGGACUGACAUCAUCAUCAUCACCUGCUGGGACAUUCUUUUUCCUCCUCCUGCUCCCAGACGUUUUCCAAAGACAUGCUCUCCUGCCUGUCAGCCUCUGCUGCUGUCAGCUGCAUGCAGCAGGAGCAGCAGAGUCGCAGCUGAUGGAGUGCCAGUCUGCUUUUCCCUGCAGGAGCUUGAGUUCAGUUCAAGGCUGAUCACAGAUGUGACUCUGUUCACAACUUGUUGCAUUAAUUCAGCUCUUUAAUGAGUUCAGAAAUUACACUUUAGUUCUGCUACAGUGACCAAAUUUUGGGAAUACGCACCAACUCUGAUUAAUGGCUUCUUCUCCAUAGCAACAGCUGCCGAGUCUCAUGGGUACUGCAGUCAUUAAUGCUGUCACACAGGGCAGACAUCUCCAGCUCUGACGGCAAUAACUCAUAUUUUCUUAGGUUAAUUUUCUGUGUUCAGGGACAUUGAUUUGAAUCCUUAAAAGACGAUUCCAGCCAUUUCACUACCAGACCCUUAAAGUUAACAUGACAGCUAACAUUUUAGCAAAAUAUGUUUCUGUAUUUUACAAAGAUAAUGCUUUUUAUUUAGCAACCCGGGCAGCCAUAGAUUUCUGUUCAUUUGCUCACAUUUUAGCAGACAGUUGUAGUCAAGAUGUGUGAUCUGUCACAGCGAGUCAGUCACCUGAUCACUGGAAGCUAACACAGCACAGUCCUAAAUGGACCUGCACCCCUGUAGCGCUUUUCUAAUUGUUUUGUUGACUCCACACACAUUCACACACAUUCACACAUUAGUGGACACACACCUGCCCCUGUUACUGCAUGACUAUGCAAAAUGAUGUCCCACUGACUAAAGCUAAUGAUGUUCAUGGGGUUAGAUCACACCUGCAGGGUUCCCACAGUCAUCAAAAACCUGGAAAAGUCACAUUUUCCAAGCAUGAAAAUGUCAUGCAAUUAGUAAAAGUCAUUGUUUCAUGUUUCCUGAGAAAUCGUACACGACGUAUACAUGAUUUGUAGUUAAGGAGCUAAAGAGACCUUGUAACUUUUCUUCAUGGCCACAAAUGUUGAUGAAAAUUUUAAUUUUUUUUUUUAAAUAAUUGUUGUUUUAAAGAGAUCAUCGCAUGGUCAGUUGACUUAGAGCAGGUGAAAUGCCGGUGCUCUCUUUCAGCAUGCUAACUGAAGCGUGUGUCCGAACAGCUACAGUGAUGAGCAGAGUGUGUUAGCCAAAGCUGAACAUUUUUAAACUCUGCGUUUGGGAAAAACAGCAAAGAUCACACUCAACAUAAAUACUCAGUGCUCCCACUGCAAAGACAUUCUGUGACGUAUAAAUGUGCACCUCCUCAUGAAGCACACAGCUGGAAUGGUGGGAGCAGCACUUUAUAAAUGUAACAGGUCCCAGAUUGUUCUUUUUGCAAUCAGUCUUAAAAACUGUCUGGUGUAAUAUGAAAGAGUUAAAUGGCUUGGGAACGCUGUGUGCAGAUAUAUGCUUACUGUGUAACCCUACACACUUAAAGGCUUGUGUGUGAAACAUUCUUUAAAAUGUGUUGGAUAAUUUAAUUGUAAAGUUUGCUGGUGUCACACAAAGCAGCAGUUAUUUUUUGUUUGUUUUUGAUUUUAUAAUACAAUCAUCAUACAGUCGUACACAGCUGUGGAGUGUAAUUUUUUACAGAUAACAACAAUGUAAGAAAAAAAAGCUUAACAAAUCACUCUGAUCUGUACACUGAAUAUUGAAUCAAUAACAGUCCUAAUCAAUGGCACCUUA